AUGCCUGCACGACGUCCGAAGCGUCAGCGCACCCCGUCCGCCACCUCCUCCCCGGUUCUGGCACACGCCCUGGAGGCACGUGGCCGCCGCAUUGCCAGCACACCCUCUGGCUCCAUGCCACACACGACGGAGGUGCUCCUGCCGCCCUCCACCAGCGAGCAUUGCGCUCAUGUCAGUGCACCCCACGCCACUGAUGAAGACGUGAUUCGGGAUUUGUGUGCUGACGAGAGGGAUACUCGUAGUCGUCAUGGUGACGGUUCCUCUGCCGCCGCUGCCGCCACUGACAAUGUGCCCAUUCUGACCGCCGCUCUUGUGGAGUCCCUCUACGCUGUGGAGAUUUAUUUUCAACUCGAGAAGCAGCGGCAUCGAGGCGAGAUUCUCUUUCCGCGUGAUGUGGGGGAUUUGCUCUUGUGGUCAGUACCGGUCGCGGUGCCGUUGAUCGAAGGGCCGCGGGCGUUUUUUAUCAAGAACAAAUCCAGGCUGCGGGACGUGGUGGUGAUUUACGUGAAUGGGUGGACGCAUGACGAAAUGAUAGUGGCAGACGCCAGCCACCCCGCCGUGGAUGCGGGCAGCAACGAGGCGGAGGCCCAGCAGGAGCAGAGGCGGGCGGAGCGCGUUGGUCGCGCCAUGCUGGCCCCCAUACGUGCGCAGCAGUGUUGGGCGCGCAAAGGGUGUGGCGUGCAGUUCGCCCCCAUACUUCUUCCAGACGCCAGGAGUUCACUGGAGCGUGAGGUCUUUUGGAGAAAUGAUGCGCCGAAGGCUCCCCACGACGGUCAACACCGUAAUGGUCCCGCUGCUCAUAACGCAAACGCCGAGACCAGGGGCAGCGAAAAAGGCGAGGCAUCGGGGGAUUGCUGCACGGCGGGUGUCAACGGCUUCCCUGCUUCCUUCAAUUCUGUCGAGACGGCAUCGUUAUCGUUGAAGCCGCACGGUGUGGGAAAGUUAUUUAACCGCGCCCUGGAGAUUCACGGCAGCAAAACACCGCCGGACACGGCAGAUAUCCCUGAUAAUGGUGCCUUUCCUUCAUCACUGGCGGCAGUAUCGUCGCCCGUCUUGUCCAGUUUAGCAGCGCUGCAGCAGACUGAGGAUGGUCGCCCCUCGCUCUGGGGUGACCGCGCCACGCUGCUGCAGUACUCCCUGUCCCUGGAGAGGGAUCGAGCGGAGUUGGAGAGCCUUGCGUUUGUUGUCAACUUCCCACCCGAUCGCGCCGAGGCGGCUGAGUGGACCUCGUUUGAGGCCCCAGUCUUGUCGAAGGACGAGGCUGAGGUGGAGGUGCGGGCCCCACGCGUGUUUGCAAUGGACUGCGAGAUGGUGCUCGUCGCCAACAACGUGAGUGCGCUGGCGCGUAUCACGCUGCUGGAUGUGCGAGCCGGUGCGGUGGUGCUUGACACUCUCGUGAAGCCAGCGAUGCCGGUGGUGGAUUACAUCACACGCUACAGCGGCGUUGAUGAGGCGAUGCUGGAUGGGGUGACGACGACGCUGCAGGAUUGCCAACGGGAGCUGAAACGCCACAUUGACAGGGAAACAUUUGUUGUGGGCCACAGCCUUGAAAACGACUUCAAGGCAUGUAAAAUGCUGCCAAACUGUCAUCUGCUGGACACGGCGCACUUGUUUCCUCAUCCGGCGGGGCUGCCUUACAAAAAUUCACUGCGGUACUUGGCGAUGCGGUAUCUUCGGAAGCGGAUCCAGCAAGGAUCUCACGACAGUGCGGAGGAUGCCAGCGCCAGCGCGGAGCUUGUGCACUUGAAGCUACAGCACGGCCCAGGGUUUGGGGUUCGGGCGCGAGUGAGUGUUUUACAACUCAUGGAGAGAGCGGCCGCUCCUCCAGUGAAAGCCGCAGCGACGGCAAGCGAGGUUGACGAUCGGGAGCGGGAGAAACGGGACGAGGCACAUGGAGGAACGUCGGCAUCGCUUGAGAUAGGGUUGAAUCUGUUUGAUGACGCAUGUAUCCUGCGUGAGCUCAUUCCCAGCGGCGCGGAUGCCCGGAGCGGCAGUCGGUUGCAUGCAGUACCGGUGAGACACGACAGGGAUGCGGUGCGGAAGGCGGUGCGAUGUCUGCAGCAACGGGAGCGUGGCCGAGAACACACAACGGACGCCGCACCGCCAUCCUAUACGCUGACGUGGGUGCAGCUCACCGAGACGGUUGAGCCGCAGCAGCAGCAGGGCGUCGCGGAAGGUGAAGGGCAGCUGUGGGAGGAGCGGCAGCUGGAGCGUGUGGACGAGGUGAAUAGGCGCGUGAUGCAAAUCGUUCGCGCGGCGCCGCACAACAGCCUCAUUGUGGUUCUCGCCGGUGGAACGUCGACGGCUGCAGCAGGAGCGUCGGCUGGCAGAACGCGUGGCGUUUGCUUCGCAUUCGUGAAGGAUGACGCCUCGCCGGGGCCGCCGGCGGCGUGGCUGGACGCGGGGACAGAACCGAUUGUUUGCCCGGCACCCGCAACAACAGCGGGGGGUGGGUGGGCGGAUCACGGUCGCACGCUCGAGACCCCCCCUGCGUGCAGGCAGCAGUGA